GAUGGCAUAGUCCUCGGAGCAGAUACGCGAGCAACCGAAGGAAUGGUUGUUGCUGACAAGAACUGUUCAAAAAUACACUUCAUUUCUCCUAAUAUCUAUUGUUGCGGUGCUGGAACAGCUGCGGAUACUGAUAUGACAACUCAGCUGAUUUCUUCCAACCUGGAGCUCCAUUCGUUAUCCACUGGACGACUUCCAAGAGUUGUCACAGCUAAUCGAAUGCUAAAGCAAAUGCUCUUCAGGUAUCAAGGCUACAUUGGUGCUGCCCUGGUUUUGGGGGGAGUAGAUGUCACAGGACCUCACCUUUACAGCAUAUAUCCCCACGGAUCAACUGACAAACUGCCUUACGUUACCAUGGGUUCUGGAUCAUUAGCAGCUAUGGCCAUAUUCGAAGAUAAAUACAAACUGGAUAUGGAGGAAGAGGAAGCCAAGCAGCUUGUGAGAGAUGCCAUUGCAGCCGGCAUAUACAAUGAUCUGGGCUCCGGCAGUAACAUCGAUAUCUGUGUCAUAAGCAAGAGCAAGUUGGAUUUUCUCCGUCCAUAUGACGUGGCCAACAGAAAGGGGGACAGGUAUGGCAGAUACAAGUGUGAAAAAGGAACUACUGGCAUUCUCACAGAAAACAUAACGCUCCUGGACAUUGAGGUGGUGGAUGAAACUGUACAAACCAUGGACACUUCCUGA